CCAAAAAGAGAACCACCCCUCACUGGACAUCCCCGGGCCGCCCUCCCCUCUCCUCUUCAUACCGCCCCCUCACCUUCUCCCCCCUCCCUCCUCCUCCACCUCUUCUCGCCCUUCUCUGUUCAAAUCCCCCGCUCCGUUGGGGCCCAACACGACGGCGAACAUCAGUAUUAACAUAGCCAGGGGGGUCGGCAUGGGCGUGCCCCCCCAGAAGCUGAGCUGCGCCUACUGCGGCCGCCACUUCCGCUCACUGGGGCGCCACCUGGACAAGCACCACACCAACCAGCCUGAGAUCCGCGCCGCGCUCAUCGAGCGCUUUAUGCCCCAUCUGGCGGCCGCGCAUGCCACACACCACACUCAGUCCCAGCAGCAACCUCGGUCAUCAUCAGGAGCGGAGCAAAACUCCCACAAGCCACCACAGGGGGCCGCCGCCGCGUUCUCCCUGUCUCCUCAACGUCCCACCGCCCAAUCCCCUUCCUCCGCCGUUGGGGGAAACUCCUCCCCCCUGGUAUUGACUCCACCCCGAGGGCGCAGUGCGGUGGCCGUGUCGGUUCUGAAGAGAAGCCCGCCUCCGGCGGCUGUGACCCCGCCCAGAAAGGCGGGACUGCGCAAAGUGAAGAAGGAAAAAGAGGAGGAGGAAGAGGAGAACGAUCUGGUGGAAGUUGAGGUGGUGAAGCCCAAAGACGAGGCAGAGGCGGCUUUUCCCCACGUCUUUCAGCAGACGCCCAAGGAGAUGGAACGGCUGCCGAAAGAGGAGGAAAAUGAAGAGGAGGAGGAGAACGGAAUGAUGGAAGACGACAGUGGAGCUGAGGAUAAGGAGAAGGAGUCAUUGAGUUCGGGACGUCUCCACAUGCUGCCCCUCCUCUCCUCCCUGUCUUCCCUGGUUCUCUACCUCCGCAGGCUCCAGCACUCUGCCUUCCUCUCCCUGUCCCGCCAGCUUCAAUCCGCCGAGGCCUGGCGCCUCCUGUGCCACUCCUCCCUCGCCCUGCUCAUACUCUACAACCGUCGCCGUGAGUGCGAGGUCUCCAAACUGGCCAUAGCCGAAUACCGCUCCCGUGUCACCCCCCAGUGCCCCGUGCCAGUGCCCCCCGGCGCCCCGCCCGCCCUCACACCUCUGGAGGCAUCGCUUUCGCCCUUUGAGCGUCUCGUCCUUCCACAUUUGCCUCGAGUAGGUGUCCAGGGCAAACGAGGAAGAGUCCAGCCUCUUAUCCUGCCACCGCACUGCGAGCCGUGUCUCGAACUCCUCCUCCAGACCAGACAAGAUGUCGGCGUCGAUCCCCAGAACCCGUAUGUCUUCGCCCGGCCAUACCACUCCCCAGCCACCCCCCUCCGUGGCACCGACCUCCUCCGGAGCCUGGCCCGCUCCAGCGGCACCCGGAACCCCCGCGCCCUCACCCAGACCCGCGUCCGGCGCCAGGUCGCCAUCUUGACGCAGCUGCUAUUGCUCGGCGAGGGGGAGGAGCCAGGACAGCCAGGUGGGAACGCCGUAGAGCGCCUGGAACACUUCCUGGAGCGCGAGUACCACGUGACGCAGAGCUGCGGCGGGAUUGGCCAGGACCCGGGGCUGAUGGGUAGAGUGGGGCGCGUGGUGCUGUGCGGGGAGAGAGACGGCGUGCUGUUCCGGGGGAUGAGCCUCCACCACAUCUGUCUGGAGCUUGACGUGAUGUCAGGCAACUCGGCCGACUCGUACUCGGAGGGCGACUCUGACGGCGAGAGGCGGAAGGAGAAGGGCGAGGUGGCCCCUCCCAGCCUGCUGAUGGUGAGGAAGGGCAGAACCAACAGCAGGACACCGCGUGCCAGGAAACUCAAGGUCACGCCCUCCUCCACAUCGCCCCUCUCCCCCUCGCUCCCCGGCCGCAGGAGAGGCUCAGGUGGGCCCAAAUCAGGCAAACGUGGCGUCCUCAAGCGCCCGUGGUCGGACGCAGAGCGCGCCGCUGUGGAGGAGCACCUGACCUGCAACAUCGCCGAGCUGCGCGUGCCCGCCAAGGCCGACUGCGAGCGCUGCCUGCAGAGCUGCCCGCUGCUGGUCACCAACCGGCGCGACUGGCGGGCCAUCAAAUUCUACUGUCACAACCGCAUCCAGCUGCUCAAGAAGAACCAGCGGCGCGAGGACGACGGGACGCCCAUCAUGGUGUGCUGAGAAGACUGACGGAGAGACUGAGAGAUUGAUGGACGGACACGACAAUAGCUCCACAGUAUCCACACUAGCGUGCUACUUAGAAUGAAGGAAGCCAAAACAGAGGCGUGGUCCACUCCGUAACGUUACAGCAGUGACGGUCAACUCUGUAAUAUUUUUUUUGCUGACGGUCAAAAAACAAGAGUUGACGCUUAAGGAACAGAGUUGACGCUUAAGGAACAGAGUUGACGCUUAAGGAACAGAGUUGACGCUUAAGGAACAGAGUUGACGCUUAAGGAACAGAGUUGACGCUUAAGGAACAGAGUUGACGCUUAAGGAAGCAAUGUAGUGGGCGUGUCUUCGAAGUGGUACGCUAAUGUGGGUAUUGGAAUGUAGCCUACAUCUCGUUAAGCAGGUUUCCAUCCAACCUUCUUAUGCAGUAAAGUACGGGUCAAUGUCGGGUCAAAAAUGUAACGACAGGGCCUGAUGGAAACAACAUUUUUCGGUACACUUUCCAAAUGUCAACAAAACGAAAUACGCUAGACAAGGUGGGAUCUUUUUGUGUCGGUAAAAUGAAGUAUGCGAGAAAUGUCGGUGGAACUAUUGAUGUAAUAACCAUCGUAUCGAAGUCAACUUGGAGUCGCGCGAUGACAUGUGUGGUCCUCCCACUACGACGCGUCAGGAAAGCAUGCCGUUUAUUAGGCUACAGAUAAAAUAAAUGAGGAUGAACUUCACAGGGUGGCGAAAGUGCAAGGUGAUGAGCUUGAUGCUCCUUUCCAAUAAAUAUCGUGGGUCUUAUUCUGAUGACGUGAUCAUCGAUGCGUGGCAGCCGUUUGACAAAUAAAGAAAACUAGCCAACAGCGCGCACGUGCCAGUACCAGAGUGGGCAGACUCGCUAUAUAACAGAACAGUUUUUGUGUGAAAACCAUCCGUAGAGUUGAAAAUGUGAUGGAAACUCAUUUAACUUCUAUUUUUUAUUUGGUACAUGGGAAUUUAACAGCAAAAGGUAUUUGUAUGUGCGCUACAUCAUCACGCACAGUCAAUUUGAUGGAAACGCGUCUCUGGUGGGAAAAUGUGAAUAUAGUUUUUGUGCGGAUUUGAGAGUAUCUGUCACCAAUUGGAUGGAAACCUAGCUAUUGAUACCCUUAUAUAUGGUCCUCUGAGACAAAAAGAGGGAGAGACUGGGGGAGUGACUGUGUAGGAGUGGCAACAACCUGUGUUGUAUACGGUGAUGUGAACAUUUUCGUUUUGUUUUCGCUUCAAAACGAGGCGAACAAUGUUGAGAACGCACCACAGAUUGUUGUAUUUAGAUUAUUUUGGACUCUGGUGUUUUUGACAUCCUCAAGUGUUGUAUGGACGUUUCUGAACACACUAAAGGUAACACUAUUAGGGUUUGAGGCUAUAGUGUGUGUGUUUCUAGUGCUGAGAUGUUAUAGGGUCUCCAACACCCAGUCCUGGAGAGUGAAUGCUUUAGUUCCAGUACUAACUCACCUGAUGAAACUACACCUGACUGAAAGACCAUGGUCAGGUCAUUAUUUAAAACAGAGCCCCUGGGUUAGAGUGAAGGGGGGAAAAAGGAAACGCCACCAUCAAUGUGUUGUGAAUUUUAUUUUUGGACUACCUAAGACACUGUAUAGUCAGUUUGGGGCUUUUCCUCGCUCCCUUCAAAAUUGACACUACAAGACAGCAGUUAAAUACUGCUUUGCCUAAAAUACACCAAGUAUAUUCUUGUUGUUGGCAUCUUUCUUUUAUUUUGUGCCUGUUGCACGUGUUUUCUUAAAAGCGCUUUGAAAAGGUGCAUUAGGCCGUCGGGCCAUUCUUCUGCGAUGCGCAGAGAUCUGUAUUUUACUUGGCUGUGUUCUUCAAAGUGAUUUUUGGGGGGCAAUCUCUCAGAAGAGUGAGCAUAGCUGAAUACUAUGCCAAGUUCUGGUUAUUUUUUUUACAUGCAGUGUUGUUGCGUCAUUUGUGUUGAUUGUUUUGCCUUUUCAGACUGACCAGUGUAGCGCCAGUCUUUUUUCAGCUACUCUAGUUUCUAUCGUUCAUUGCUGUUAGAUGAUGAGCUGCUUGUAGCUCUAGUCCAGGGCGUUAGUGUGGCUUGCUACCGCUUAGGCUGACAUUCAAUCCGAUCAGUGGUAGAUUUGCAUUAUAGCGCUUGACAUUUUUAAGGUAAUUUCCGAUUAAGCCGACAUAUACAGAGUUUGCAGAAACAAUGCCUUUAAAAGGUGCAUAGCUGACAAAGUGCGGUCGGGUGGAAUCCCGGCUUGAGCCUUCACAGCUUUAGCAAGUCGCACUAACGCCCUGGACCAGAGCUAGGCUUCUUUGUAGGUCUGCCGGAGCGCCAAGUAACCUGGCAUUUUGUCUUAUUGGAUUAAAACCGCACAACACCUCUUGAUAGAUGGUUGAAUUUAUUUAACACAAUCACAUAUAAUCUUACAUUGUUUCAUGCUAUCAUCUUGCCAGUUUCGGUGUACAUAUUAAAAAAAUUAUCAUUAUGUAAACUGGUUUGUUUGUGCUGUCCGUAGUUUAUUUGUUCAUUUGCGAGUUGGUAUUGUACAUGGGUCUAUGGUUUUGUAAAUAUUCACAGAAACGCAUAAAGGGGAAAAAACUACACAAUG